AGAAAACACAAACUCGGGUGGCUCGGGCUGCUAACUACCCAGGCCCAGGAACUUAGCACUAUAGUACCACUGGGAUAUAGAGCCCGUUACAAAUUCAAACACCGUAAAUACGCUUUCGAAAAUAUUCUUUGGAGGUCCACUGGCUUCUAGUGGCUUUUAAUUUGCGUCGUCACUGGACUGGGAUAACAGCUUUUCUUGAUAUCCCAACCCUCAUCCACAAGCGCCUUCCACUCAACAACCCCACUAAACCCUGAAAUACCCAAUAUUCGAACCACUCCAGUCUACUUCUCCACACCGCCUUCACCAUGUCGGACAUGGCUAAGCUCCUUUCGUGGGGAAUCGAGAAUUCGGUUCCUUCCGACGACCCGAACGCAGAAAACAGAAGAGCCAAACUGGACCCAGCGCUCUUAGCCCAACUCUUCGGCGCAAAUGUCAAAGACGACAGCGUCCUCAUGCGCGAGGCGCUGGAAGCAAUCCAGGACCCCGAAGUCACCCUCGAAAAUAAAGAAAUCGCUUUCGACAACCUCGAAAUGCUUGUCGAGAACUUGGACAACGCCAACAAUCUCGAGAACCUCAACCUCUGGCCUCCCUUGAUCGCGCAGUUAUCGGUACCAGAGCAGCAGCUCCGCUUCAUGGCGGCCUGGUGCAUCGGGACCGCCGUCCAGAACAACCCAAAGUCUCAGGCCGUCAUGCUCAAGCAUGGGGGUGUGGCAAAGAUUGUUGAUCUAGUGCUUAGAGAUCCGGAGGAGAGGGUUAGGACCAAGGCGGUUUAUGCGCUUAGCAGUCAGAUUAGAAAUGAAGAGGAGUCGUUGAAGGCCGCUGUUGACUUGUUACCGGAGGAGAUACUGGAGAAGGGGAGGCACGAGUAUCGGGCGGAUGAUAUGGAGGCCAUUGAUGAGUUGGUGAAGGCUCUAAGGGAGAGGGCCAAAAAGGUUAUCAGCCCUUAGAGGAUGUCUAUGACUCUCUUAGGGUUUCUAGCUGUUUAGUCCGUCAUAUUUCGCGGUUAAGAAAAAAUUGCUUCUUUUCCUCUUUUGUCCUCUUUUUUUUUCCCUCUCUUCUUCUCCUGCUAUAGAUCUUCAUGUUUCGAACACGAAGAAAGCAAACUCUCCCUGUAAACUUUCAAAUAUCCCCGUUGCGAAUAUAGUACGGGUAUCAUAGUACGAUACCGGUCCAAGAACCUGCGUCAUAUUGCACUGUAAACCGCAAGGUUCACUACUCAGGCAAAAAGCAAAAAAAAAAGAGCUUGAGGCUCUAAACUCCGACGCCUCGCCUCCUCCAUCCAACC